AUGGCUCGGGGCCUUUGUUUUAUUUGUGACAAGCCUUAUAGCAAAGGUCAUAAUUGUGGGUUUAAAGAACCACACUUGUUUACCAUUGAAGUUUGUGGUGAGGAAGAAAAUGAUGAAGUAGAGACAGAAGAAUGCAAUAAUGCUGAGAAGAAAUGGGAAGAUGCUUGUAUUUCUUUACAAGCACUGACUGGGGAUAGAAGCCAUAAUACCAUGAGAGUAGUAGGAAUGUAUGAAAGGAAACCUUUGCAUAUAUUGGUGGAUUCUGGAAGCACACAUAAUUUUCUUGACAUUAGGUAUGCAAAGUCCCUAGGGUGUAAGCUAGAACAGAUACAUCCUUUGGAGGUGAAUGUGGCUGAUGGUUUUCAUUGUAGGAACUUUAAGUGGGACAUGCAUAAUACUUCCUUCACAACUAAUGUGAUGUGCAUUCCCAUUGUGAGUUGUGAUAUGGUUCUUGGGGUUUCAUGGUUGGAAACACUCGGAGAUCAUUGGAACUUUAAGGAUAUGUUAAUGACUUUUUUCAUCAAUAAUAAGGAAGUGCGCUUAAAAGGAGUGCUUCCUCGAAGUCUUCAAGUAGUGGAUCAUAGCAAGGGGAUCUACGUUUUAGGGCCUUUAAAGAACAAAUUCCCCAUCCCUAUCUUGGAGGAAUUAGUGGAUGAAUUGGUUGGGGCAAAGGUUUUUAGCAAGGUGGAUUUGAAAUCAGGAUACCACCAAUUAAGAAUUCAUGUGGAUGAUGUUUUCAAGACAGCUUUCAAGACUCAUUUGGGACAUUUUGAGUUCCUUGUAAUGCCAUUCGGCCUUACCAAUGCCCCUGCAUCCUUUCAGAGUUGA